CUAUCUCCCAGAGGAAGUGGUGCUGGAAAUCCUGCACAGACUACCCGUGAAAUCCCUAAUUCGAUUCAGGGUAUUGGUUUUUCUGAUUGGCAUAGACCCGCAGCUUCUUUAGGUGGGGCCGUCCAUUUUGCGGUAUAUGAUAAGGGCAAACACAGUCCGUUAAUUUUGUCGUUUGAUUUGGGUGAUGAGGUUUUUCGCUUGAUGUCAUUGCCAAAUUGUGCAUUCAGUUGGAGUAAUAUUCAAACCUCGGUAAUUGGGGGAUCGCUUUCUCUGUUAGUUUAUGAUAAUAGGUUUGUAGCCAGCAGACGUUGUGCCAUUUGGGUGAUGAAAGAGUAUGGCGUUGUUGAUUCUUGGACUAAAUUGUUAACCGUUGAUUUCAACAAAGAAAUUAUAGGGGUAUUAUGUCUCCAGAAGAAUGGCAAUAUAUUAGUGGAGGCAAAACUACCAAGUGAUUGGGAGCUCUCUUCAUAUGACCCUAAGAGCCAACAUGUUAAGAGUUUGGGGAUUUGUGGGAGGCCGCACUAUUUUCAUGUUGAUAAUUAUGUGGAGAACCUUGUCUUACUCGACAAACCGAAUGAUGCAGUUUCCAAAAGGGGAGCGUGCAGGAAGAGGAAAUGCAGGUUGACUUCAGACAAAGAGAUAUGCCAGCUACAAGAGGCAAAACACCUGCUACAAGAGAUACUACAACAUGCGAGUGUAUACGAGCUACAAGUGGACAUAAUACAUCAACAAGAGGCAAUUAUAUUGCCUCUACAAGAGGCAAUACUACACGACGGGAGAGCACUCCAGCUACAAGAGGCAUUGCUAUAUGAACUGGAGACAAUACUACCGCAGCAGACAGAGAAAAUAGCCACUUUGAUAUCACAAAUUGAGAUAAUGGAGACUGCAGAAUCAAAAUUGGUCUUUUUAAUUCAACGAUUAAAGGGCCAGGCUGAAGUAGAGACAAUGCUACAACAGAAGACAGAGAAAAUGACCUCUUUAAAAUCACAAUUGGAGAAAAUGGACACUAUAAAAUCAAAAUUGGUAUCUUUGAUUCAACAAUUCAAGGGUCAGGCUGGAGAGAUGUUUAGUGGCGUUGGAGAUCAAAGUUCAGCACAACUACAACAAAGAUCCUCUUCUGCAGGGCAAGAAAUGUGACCUUGCGGUGGGCAGUAAAGUUUUAUGCAGUACAUGGACAUAAUUUUUUUUUUGAAAAUUAUGGUCUUGAUUUGACACUCGUAAAAUUUGUGAUUGAUAUGACAGGUUUUUUUUUUUUUUUU